GAAGCCACCAAAGCACACAGCAGCUGUUCAUUGCGUCGCCGCCAUUGUUGUUUCCCGUCUCGCUCUCUUACCGUUUCCUCCGGCGUCCCCCUUCAGCCCGCGCUAGUCUCGUUCGAUUUUCGUGGCGCGUGGACGUUCGUGUGUUGUGCGAGAAUAAUAAUAAUUUACCACGGUCUCAUCCUUUGUCUUCAAAAUAUAAGAAAAAGAAACGAAACUUCAGCAGUAUUGCCAUUGACAACCGCUUGGUUAGCGUGCAUUUAGCUGGUGUAGUUGACAGGUGUCGCGCGUAUAGUAUUGUGUCGACAGUCGAGUGUAGUGAUUCCCGCAUCGUCGUUCGAGCAUGAAUAAUAAAGAAGUAACCGGUGAUAGCGUCGCGUGUCAACCGGGAGCGGUCUGGUGAUCAGGGCGCAGUGUCGAGGCCGUGGGUUGGUCGUGUGAUGAGUCUGCGGUGACGGCUGGCCGCUGAGCGGGUGGAUGGCGGCUGUAAGCGGCCCCGCGCGGCACUCUCGCGUCUCCAUGAGUGUGUCCAUGUCGCUGAUGCAGGGCGGUACGCAGAGCGCGCCGCAGGGCGCCAUCCUGGCGGCGGCGGCGCCCUACUACCAGACGCCGGCGAUCCCGACCGACGUGCAGCCCGACCGCCCCAUUGGGUACGGUGCCUUCGGUGUUGUAUGGGCAGUGACGGACCCACGCGAUGGCCGCCGCGUGGCCCUUAAGAAGCUACCCAACGUGUUUCAGUCGCUCGUCUCUUCCAAACGCGUCUUCCGAGAGCUCAAGAUGCUCUGCUUCUUCAAGCAUGAAAAUGUGUUAUCGGCGUUAGACAUCCUCCAGCCACCAAGCCUCGACUUCUUCCAAGAAAUUUACGUGAUAACCGAGUUGCUCCAGAGCGACCUACACAAGAUCAUCGUGUCACCGCAACACCUCUCCGCCGACCACAUCAAAGUCUUCCUCUACCAGAUACUCAGAGGUCUGAAGUAUCUACACUCAGCGCGGAUCUUACAUCGAGACAUUAAGCCCGGAAAUCUACUGGUGAACAGCAACUGCGUUCUGAAGAUAUGCGACUUCGGCCUCGCGAGGGUUGAGGAGCCAGACGCCACGAAGAACAUGACGCAGGAGGUCGUCACACAAUAUUAUAGAGCGCCUGAGAUCCUGAUGGGCGCGAACCAUUACACCGCGGCGGUUGACGUUUGGUCGGUGGGCUGCAUAUUCGGCGAGCUUCUUGGCCGACGCAUUCUCUUCCAAGCGCAGAGUCCCGUCCAACAGCUGGAGCUUAUAACGGAACUUCUCGGCACACCAUCAUUAGAAGACAUGCGGUACGCCUGUGCGGGUGCGCGUGCGCAUAUGUUAAGGCGUGCGCCGCGACCUCCCGCGCUUGCCGCGCUCUACACGCUCUCUGUACAGGCCACGCACGAAGCCGUGCAUUUGUUAGCACAGAUGCUAGUAUUCGAUCCGGCAAAGCGCAUCUCAGUAGUGGACGCGCUCGCACACCCGUACCUAGAAGAAGGACGCCUCCGCUACCACUCGUGCAUGUGCAAGUGCUGCUACAGUGCCCCGCCAGCAGCCAGGCACUACUCGCCGGACUUAGAGCCCGUCGCACCUCACGCUUUCCACGACGGCUGGGAGAGGAAACUCACUUCCGUGCACCAGGUUAAAGAAGAGAUCCACAAGUUCAUAGCGGAACAGCUGCAGACGUCGCGGGUGCCGCUGUGCAUCAACCCGCAGUCGGCCGCCUUCAAGAGCUUCGCAAGCCGUAGAACCAGUUCGAAAGCAAAAGUUUGUUCUCCUUUCAAGACCGCGGCAAAAUAUCUGCUGCUGUCGCCCGUGAUAUUUCUGUGCGCCGCCUAGCGCCACGCCCUUCCACCGUCGCGCAUCCAUCCGAACUGCCGCCAUCGCCGCACCAGUGG